CCCAACCGUGGUCAUUCUAUCUUCGUUCUCACGCCAGACUCCACCACGAAAAAAAGAGUGAGCCCCUACAGAGCCGCAGGCAGAUAGAUCCUCACCAUUUUCUCUCUCUCACGCACAUCGCAUCUCCCAAAAUAUACCCUUUGGUUAAGAGAUAGAGAGAUAGAGAGAAGGGUUACCGGGAAUCAGAGUGUGUAUAAAAGGGCCCGGUCCUCUGAGGUCUGAACCUUCAAGUGCCCCGUGCAGCUGUCUCCUCAGUCCUCACUAGCCCUUUCUCCAUCACAAGCGUUAGGCUUUCCCUCAGCUGCAAAGGCUUGAAGCAAUGGCGUCCAAGAGGCUUCUCGUCGCGCUCUGCGUGGUGGCGCUGCUCGCCGUGAGGUCCGAGUCCCACGGCCUGGAGGACUUCAACGGCGGAAGCAGCACGGCGACGCCGGCGAUGCAGACCUUCUUCAAGCCGGAGGCCGCGGCGCUCCCGGAGGCCCUCGACGCCUCCAUGCCCGCCACCAUGGCCGCCAAGCCGGAGGCCUCGGCGAUCCCGACCACCACCACCACCACCACCACGGCCACCGCCACCGCCACCCCCACCAGCACGGCGUCCGCCUCGCCGCGCAGGUCCGUGUCCGUGGCCGCCGGCGUGGCCUGCGGCAUCGCGGCCGUGGCCGUGGUCGGCAUCGCGGCGGCCGUGGCGUACGUGGUGCGCGGCAGGCGCGGCGCGCGGCGCGGCACGGAGGUCCAGCUCGGCUCCUCCGCCCUGUGAGCCGCGGCCCUACUAGCGGGAGUGUGCGGGACCCACCCGGCCGCUUUGAUAUGAUAGGCCAUCAUCAUUAGCUGGUUACGAGCUAGCGUCAAUUUAGCUUUGCUUUUGUACUAUUGAUUUGGUUUGCUUUUGGGUUAGUAGUUUAAUUCAUCCCGGGGUGGUGGCUGCGGCUGUGGGGUGUCGGUGAAGACGCCGAAGCUACCGAUCAGCACGGCGCGUGGGUAACAUAAAUAAUGCUGGCGGUAGCGUGAUGUGUGGUGUGGUGUGUUCAGGCUUCGGAGUUCAGACCUUGCUAUAUAUUCCUGCAUCAGGAUUUCAGGAUUUGUGCUGUUCAGAUGUUGGCGCGUUUAGGAGUACUAGCUGACGGGCUCCGGAACGCCUGAACUCUGUAGCCUGUACCUUCUUGUAGUUGCAGCGUUAAAUUCAUGCGAACCUACCCUGUAAAUCCUUCUGAAA